CUGAGAAAGUAUAUGUAUCUUGAACAGAGAGCCAUGGAAGUUGAUCAUUUCUCAACCGACUUUUCUUGUCAAGAAAGUCCUGCCUUUUUGGCUAGUAACUCGGAGCUGGUUGAUGAAAACACAUCACAUAAUACCAUUGACGUCUACCAUGAUCCUGCAUUGCAAGAAGAACACGUCAGAGUUUUACUUGAUAAGGAGAUUGAUUUUGGGUUCAGAAAAGAUGAUCAAGGAUUCUUCAAAUGGACUGAGUUGAGAGAUGAUCGAUCUGACGCUAUUACAUGGAUUCUCAGAAACAGAGCUGUUUAUGGAUUUCGACUCCGAACAGCAUUUUUGUCCAUUCUAUACUUUGAUCAGUUCAUUUCCAAGCGUUCCUUCAAGGGACAUAAGACAACUUGGCUACGAACACUUUCUGUGGCCUGCUUAUCUUUGGCUGCAAAAAUGGAGGAGCAACGAAGUCCAUUACUAUCAGAGUAUGAAGUUGAAGAUUGCAUAAUUGAAAGGAAAUGGAUUAGCGAAAUGGAGCUUGCGGUAUUGUCCACCCUGGAAUGGAAGAUGGAUCCAAUAACUCCUUUUGCUUUUAUUGAUUACUUCAUCACAAAGAUGCAGUUCAACAAAGCAUAUCCAGCAGAAACAAAAUACGACGUCAUUGAAGGAUUCCUCCUCUAUCUUACCCGAAUGAUCAAUCUCAUACAGCAUCGACCAUCUGGUUUAGCAGCUGCUGCUACCAUAAUGGCAUAUGAUCACCAAUUAACAAGAGCAGGACUAGAAACGAAAAUUAACUCCUUCCCAAAUUUGAGGUUCCUGGAAAUUGAAGAUGUGUGUUCGAUCUACGAAAUCUUGCAGAACAAGGAGGACAAUGGGAAGUCUACAAGGCUACCGGAAUUCACACCGGCAGAUUGGAGCCUGGAAAGUGAUUCAGCUAGAGAAACUGUGACCAGCUAGUAGGUGUCAUUUGGUGUAAAGAGUGUUGUAUAAUUACAAUUACUUCACAGACAUGAUUUGGAGUUGAUUAGAAACACCUCCGAGCACAGAAAGUAGAAAGCAAAUGAUAAAAAAGAACCAUA